GCUCGAACCCGUGUGGGCUAACGUGACCUUGCCCCCGCCCCUACGCCCGCCCACCACCUGUUCGACGCUUUGACUCAACCACGUUUUUUCUUGGCUUUUUCCUUGUUGUCUUGUCUGAGAUUUUUCAUUCAAACUGUGGCUGUAUCAGUUGGGAGCGAGGACCCCAUCAUCGAGGAGAAGACAGCGAAUCGAGGCGGUGAUUGGUUGUUGAUGGCAACCUUCGCCUCUUUUCUGUCCUGUUCUUCUCCUCCUCCUCUUCCGCCUCUGCGCCGCCGUGUUUUGCCUCCCGUGUCUUUUUCUGUUUUCUGCCCCACAAGAAAUUUUGGUAGGUUCCGACCUUUGGGAACUAGGGUUUUCGCUUCUUCAGCUUCCUCUUCUUCUGCUUGGGAAUUUAGUUCCAGCGACGGAAAUCCGCAAUCAAAGAAAUCGAUCCUCGUUAAUUUAAUACGAGAUAUAGAGCCGUUGGAUGUGAGCCUAAUUCAGAAAGAUGUUCCUCACACAACUAUAGAUGCCAUGAAGAGGACCAUAUCCGGUAUGCUGGGGUUGCUUCCAUCCGAUCAAUUUCAAGUGAUGGUCGACGCAUUGUGGGACCCGCUUUCCAAGCUUUUGGUGUCUUCUAUGAUGACGGGGUACACGUUGCGAAAUGCUGAGUAUAGGUUUAGUCUUGAGAGGAAUCUUGAGAUAUAUUUCGGAGAUAAUAGAUCAGAAAAUGAAGAUUCUAGUUUUGAAACCGAGACGGAACAUCCGAAUGACGAAGGAAUUAGUGGAAACUUUAGACAAGAAAGCUUGCCGACAUCUGUUAACUCGGGAGAAACGACGUAUGACAUCCCGAAUUUUGGUGAACUGACCCUUGAAGCUCGACAACACAUUUUGAAAUUGCAUUCUCAUUUAACUUCUGUCAAAAAGGAACUCCAAGAAGUAAAGAGGAAAAGUGCAGCUCUUCAGAUGCAACAGUUUGUUGGGGAAGAUCAGAACGACUUGUUGGAUUAUUUACGAUCUCUCCAACCAGAAAAGGUAGUCGAGCUAUCGGAACCAACAUCACCCGAGCUAAAAGACACAAUCCACUCAGUAGUACACGGUCUCUUGGCCACACUUUCUCCAAAGAUGUACUCAAAAGGCCCCGACGUAGGCGACAGUGGAACUGUAGGAACUGUAGAGGCUGUAACCGAAGGAGAUUGUAUUGAUCUAGUCGAGAACACUUCUCUUCAAUUCCAGCCUCUUAUCUCAUUGCCUCGCGAUUAUUUGGCUCGCUUACUGUUCUGGUGCAUGCUGUUGGGACACUACCUUAGAGGCUUAGAAUACAGGGUGGAGCUUAUGGAAAAUCUGUCGUUGCCUUGUGCUGUGGUGAGUGAUGCUUCGACCGGGGAACAAAUUGUUUAAUUCCAUACGAUCAAGAUCGUGUAGAUGCUUUUUUUUUUAAACUUUGUUUCAUAUGUGUGUGUGUGUGCGCGUGUGUAUAUACAAGUUAUCUUGUCAACAAGAACAUUAAUUUGUGUCCUGAAAUCAUAAAUAAAUUGAUGUUGCCCCCAUUUUUCUAAAACAAUGGAAAUAUGAAAUUCUCUA